ACCGACACACCGUUGAGAACAUGUAGCCUCGACUCCCUGCAUUUUAAGAGGAACCAUGGUUUAUACAAUUUAGACUUUUUUGCGUAACGCGGCGUCUAAACGAUUAUUUCAUUCCAUUAGUUGCGCGUAAAUAGAAAAGCUCUUGAGUAAAUCAUAGGUUAGAAAUCGAUGUUGAUGGAAGGAAAUCAAUGGGAAGGAUCCUAAAGUCUGCGUCACUACGUAUUGAAAGUUUUGGGCGUAAUAUGGCAUCUAAACGAUUAUUUGAUUCUAUUAGUUUGCGUGUAAAUGGAAAAGCUCUGAGUAAAUCAUAGAUUAGAAAUCGAUUUUGAUGGAAGAAAACCAAUGGAAUGGUCGCCACUGCUCUUGCGCUCAACAGAAAUCUGUGGUGCUUGUUCGCGCGAAACGUCAAAUUACAUUGCACGAUUCCUAGCCGAAAUGCCACCGCGUAUCUAUCUUCUUCCCGCAUAACAGAGCCGCAUCCGACAUGCACAGAACGCGGAGGAUGCGGGAACGUUCUCCACAGAUAUGUGACGAGCAAUAACUGGGAAAUAGCUAAAAAGUAUUCAAGAAACACACCAAGUCAAAAAGAAAGUCAAACUGACAUUUUCCGACGUCGUAAAGGCGAGGCGAAAAAAUUGAUUGCGAUGCGUCAGAGGCUUGACGUAAGUCGAAAAGCCUUUCGUCAAUCUUACUGUGAGAGGUUGCAUAAUAUCCGACUGAAGAACAAUCCAUGUGGAUAUACGCUCGGCUUAAUACCCCAUGUCUAUUGUCCUUCGUUGGCUUUGCUAUUAAACGGCGGGUCCGCGAGCGUAAACGCCGGGUGACAUCAUGUUCACUUUAAAAUCAGAUCCGAUCACGUUCUCGGGCGUUCAGAGGAAAAAGUAACGCUGGCGUCAUUACGUGAUUGCGAUAAUUAGCGAUCAAUCUGUAUCAAGUGAAUAUUUCAUGCCGUUUCAAUCGCGGCGUUUAAACGCGCUGGAAACGACGCUCUCUCGCGCUGCUUCGAUGAAGAGCAUCAUUAUACAAUAUAUGUCAUGGAAAG